CUGCCGGAGAAGACCGAAAGCGUGGCCUACUUCUGCUGUCUGGACGUUGAAAAGCUCGAGCAAGCGGAAGCUCCCCCGCAGUUUCCCCGUUAUUAGCAAAACAUGUCCGUUUACGCAUCAGCCGCAUUUCUUAUUCUAUUAGACCCCAAAGUCUCUCCAGAGCCAAGUGAGGCAGAUGUGCGGCAAUAACCGGCCGUCUCUUCGCGUCGCGUUCAUUUUUACGUGACGGAGCGGAACGAAUCGCCACCGAGAUGAGUGGUCCGCGUUUGGGUUUUAUUCGUAUUAUUUUUCAGCAUUGAGAGACGCCCCCGUUGAGCCGGGAAAUAGGGGACACCUCCGCUUGAGGUGUCCGCCGACACGAGUCGAAAUAUGAAAUAUGGAGCAGGCGCUUUUCCGGGUGGGAUGAUGUGGUGAACUUGACAAACGGUUCCCAGUGAAUCUUUUUAAAAUGCGGACCCGCAGCCCACGGAAGCUUUUAGCUCAUACGUUUUCCGUUUCUUCAAUGAUUUUAGUUGCGUUGAAAUCAUUUGGAAAUUGCCAAUUUCUUGGUUUUCCCACAAAAAGGGUUACUGCGUCUUUAAAUGUUCCUGCCGCGGUUCCUUGAGGAUGCAUCUGGCCGUAAAACGAGAUCAAGCUUGAAGUCAUUCCGACAGAUACGCGAGCGGCAGUGGGGGGGAGGGGGUUUCCCGGGGAUUCUGAAUUAUGCAUCGGCGGCGUCGGCGUCGUGUACUUUGCACCUGCUGAGGCGAAGGGGACGGGGAGCCGCCGAGUUUCACACGGCAGCCCAACGAGCAACUUGGCGGCGUCUGGAAUUUUUCUCUUCUCGCUCGUGGGCUUUCCUGGUUUCCGGGAUGCGAGUGCGAACCUUUUGUCUGCUGUGGGCUCCUUGGGUGUUUUUUCUCCGAGGCAGGUACAGGAAAAAGUCUUUCUUUGCAUUUUCAUCCUCAACUUUUUCCGUUACGUCUCAAAGUAUUGUGCAUUUAUUAAUGGCGAACCGUCUGUGUGACUUGCGGACUGACGACGGUUGAGUGUGUUAAAAUGACACUUGUGAGGAUAUGGUUGUAGACCGAUGGAGAUGAGAAAUUCUGAUUGGAGUCGGAACGAGCGCAGUUCUUUUCUGGAGAUUCAUGUCAGAGAAAGUGAACAAGUUUUAAACGCACUUGGCCACGAAAGCCGAUUCUGAUUCUGAUGCUUUGGACAAACUGCCGAAAGGUGGAAGUUGUUCCUUGGAAGGAUUUCGUAAUUACAUGCGGGUCCAGGUGGGAAAGUCGUUUCAAGUUCACAUUUCUCCUCGUGAAGUAUGCGGUUGACAUAGACGGCGGCGUAGUUUGAAUAAAAUUGUGAAAAAUCAAAUGUUUCCUUGAACGAGAAUGUGGCGUUUAGAUGUUUCUGGGGCGGCACGGUGGCUGGCGAAGCUGGAAAGCCAUGGCCGCACAGUUCUGAGGACCCGGGUUCAACCCCAGCGCUCCCUGUGUGGAGUUUGCAUGUUCCUCCCCGUGCCCGCGUGGCUUUUCUCCGGGUGGGUGGGCACUCCGCUUUUCUCCCGCAACCCAAAAACACGCCACAUUAAUCGGAGACUCGAAAUUGCCUCGUCAGUGCGACUGUCGUUGGUCUCCGUGUGCCGUGCGAUUGGCCGGCGACCAGUUCAGGGUGCACAAUGACAGCUGGGAUAGGCUCCGGUACUCCUGCUACCCUUGUGAGGAUAAGCAGCUAGGAAAAUGGAAAUUGCUGUUUCUUGCUCAUUUUGGGGGUGGAGGGGUUGCCGAUACUUCGCCACAUUUUCAUUCCCAUUCCACAAUAGUUUUGUCAUUUGUAAAAUAAAUUCCAUUUCUUAAUAUUUCAGCGGUAAUACUAAAGCACACCCCUGUUGGCUGAGGAAUGGUUUGCUCUAGCCCAUUGCAGAGCAGAGCCAUACGCAGCCUUCCGGUCGUGUGCGCCAAAUACCGCCUCUUGACCCUUAACCCCUAGCAGGACACGACACACGCCGCUGACAGCAGUUGUCGUGUGGCCGCACGCAUCCGCAAGUUUUUGACAAAAUUGGAUUCCAUUUUGAAACUCGUUGACAUUAUCGCUGCGCCUCUUUUAGCACAGAAAGAAAAUGGAAGUGCUUCCGUAUUAGUAGCAGUGACAAAAGGGGGCCGAUUCUGUUCACGUUAUUUUGUUGUGUGUCCGAGUUCGGUCCAUUCUUUGUUCCUCACAGUUGGGUCAGGUUUAAUCUUGAUUUACUCCACGCUCGUCUUUUGCUUUGGCUUUAAAAAACUUCAGCUCCAGACGCGGCUCGAAAGUGUGGCGCUUCUCUUUCUCCGCUCGUGUGAACUGAAUUGCAAUCAAAUGUAAAGCCGAUCUGGUUUGGCCGGGAAAGCUCGCGUUCAAGAAUUGUCGUUUAAAUCUCGGACGCGACAAUUGCGACGUUCCCAAGACCGCCCCGACGCGUACGCGCUUGAAAAACGCCUCUCCGUUGUGCGUUGACGCUGCGGUCGGCAGGUGGGUGCUGUGCAAGGAGAUGAAGUCGCCCGGCGGCGCCUCCCGACCGCCCUCGCCCUCCGAUUUCCUGGACAAGCUGAUGGGUCGCACGUCCGGCUACGACGCCCGCAUCCGACCCAACUUCAAAGGACCCCCCGUGAACGUCACCUGCAACAUCUUCAUCAACAGCUUCGGCUCCAUCACCGAAACCACCAUGGACUACCGUCUGAACGUCUUUCUGCGGCAGCAGUGGAACGACCCUCGGCUGGCUUACAAAGAGUACCCGGACGACUCGCUGGACCUGGACCCGUCCAUGCUGGACUCCAUCUGGAAACCCGACUUGUUCUUCGCCAACGAAAAGGGAGCAAACUUCCACGACGUCACCACCGACAACACGCUGCUCAGAAUAUUCCAGAACGGAAACGUCCUCUACAGCAUCAGGCUGACAUUAACCCUCUCGUGCCCCAUGGAUCUGAAGAACUUCCCCAUGGACAGCCAGAUGUGCAUCAUGCAGCUGGAGAGCUUUGGCUACACCAUGAACGACCUCAUCUUCGAAUGGCUGGACGUGGGCGCCGUGCAGGUGGCGGACGACCUGGUUCUCCCUCAGUUUGUUCUGAAAGAGGAGCACGGGCUGGGAUAUUGCACCAAGCAUUACAACACAGGUAAAUUCACCUGCAUUGAGGUCAAAUUCCACCUGGAGCGCCAGAUGGGCUACUACCUGAUUCAGAUGUACAUUCCCAGCCUGCUGACGGUCAUCCUGUCCUGGGUGUCCUUCUGGAUCAACAUGGACGCGGCUCCGGCCAGGGUGGGCCUGGGCAUCACCACCGUGCUCACCAUGACCACGCAGAGUUCGGGCUCCAGGGCCUCGCUGCCCAAGGUGUCCUACGUGAAAGCCAUCGACAUCUGGAUGGCGGUGUGCCUCCUUUUCGUGUUUGCCGCACUCUUGGAGUACGCGGCGGUGAAUUUCGUCUCCCGGCAGCACAAGGAGUUCUUCCGGCUGAGGAAGAAGCUCCGAGAGCGAGCGCGCCGACGGAGCCACGAGCAGGCCGGCGGUGAGGCCAAGACGAAAGCCGACGGGAGGGCCGAGCAGCAGUGCGGCGCCUGCGCCCGCGAGGAGGAGCUGGCGCGCCAGGGUUUACUCUUCCAGGCUUUGGGCCUGGGACUGGGCUGCAGCGCUCCGGAAAUGGACGCCACGCCGGUGUUUGCCGACUUGCCUCCUGGCUUGGGCUACUACGACAUACGGCGGCGCUUCGUGGACCGGGCCAAGAAGAUCGACACGGUGUCUCGAGCCGUCUUCCCGCUGACGUUCCUCAUGUUCAACGUCCUCUACUGGCUCACCUACAAGGUCCUUCGGCACGAAGACGUCCCACUUCAAGUGUGAGCCCGCCAGGAGGGUCUUCCGCCGCUAUUCGGAACUUACGCCGCUACGACGCUCUUGUUGUUGUUUUCCGUUUUCCGUGCUGUGGUUUUUGUCAUGGGGUCACUUUUAAGAGACGUGCUCUUUCAAUUUGAUGUUUGACUUUUGCCAUUUGGACCGCCGCAUGCUCCAGGCUGAUUCAAGUUGUGCACUCAUUUUCACAUCAAUGCAAUUAGUUGUCAUGCGUACUGUUUGUUUUCAUACAUUUGAAUCUGAAUAUUCUUUUAAAAACAGCGUCGAUGUGUGUGCACAUUUUUUUUAGUAUUUUAUUUGUAGAAAUACUUUGGUGUGACAUAAACUGAUCAGUUAAGUUUGCUCCACAGUCCAAAUUCAUCUCCGUAGUAAAGUGGAUUUGUAGACUAUCCAUCGGUUUUCUUUGCCGCUUAUCCUCACAAAGGUCGCGGGGAGCGAAGAAGCCGAUCCCCUGCUAUCUUCGGGCAGGAGGUGGGGUACACCCUGAACUGGUCGCCAGCCAAUCGCAGGGCACACGGAGACAGACAACAGUCGCACUCACAAUCACACCGACGGGGGAAUUUAGAGUGUACCGAUCCAGCAAAAUUAGAGAGAGCAGACGUGGAUGCUUUGGACA